ACUGACUGCAAAAUAAUAUGUGUGUCUACAAUGCAGAACGGUUAUGCUGGUAGGACAAACAGGAGAAGUAUGAGUUUUAUGUGUUCGCUGCAGCGGGAACGUUUCUAGCGAGUCGUUGCUAAGAAACUUGGUGGCGGGGGGCAGGGGGAAUACAUACAGGCACACAGACUGAAGGAGGGGAUUUAUGAGUAUGCCGUUGACAUGAGCUUAGGUGCCAUGAUAUACAUACUGGAUUCAAUGAAGUUUGGCUCAGGCAUUCAGAAGUUUAUGGAGGGGAGGGGUAAUUCACAGACAGCAUGAUGAUCUCAUAAGCCGACUUUUAUUUUUACAAAGUAAGGAAAGUAUGAUAAAAAUCAGAGAAGGACGCCGUCUCACAAACUAAAUUAGUGCAGUUUAUAUCGCUCUAAGAGCAACAGCACAAAAUGAAGAAUUUGAUAAAUGUCCAAAAAUUUCACACGGUUCACCAGGAGGUACUGAAACAUUGAAGUUGGCGGAGUAGUAAGUUGCGUCCGAUGCUAAUUUUACGCUACAUAGGAAUAUGACCCGAAAAUGGCAUGAGAGAUAAUGAAGUAAACCACAAAAAUAGCGAUACUAUAGCGACUCAAACGUCAUACCAUACGUAAUAUGGGGAGGGUAUAUUAAGUUUGAUGUAGAUUUUAGUUUUGAUUAAAUGCUACUUAUAAUAAACUCGCCCGAUGUUUCACAUGGACCGCGAAAAGAGUCGAGCACGGAUUUCGAAUUCUGUGGCUUCAAAAAAAAUUAUCCUUCGGUUUCAGAUACGGAUUAUUUCGCCAAAACGGCAUAUUUUCAUGCAAUUCUGGCAAUCCAGAAGCUUGACUUGAAGCCUGCAUUUCGUGAUCCCAGGAGAAUGUGAUUUACAAUGUACUGUUGCCUUAUAUUGGCUAUACUGGUUGACCUCAAAGUAAUCUAAGAUCGAAGGGCAGUAUGUUUAUUUAUAUCGUUGUUGAUAACACAUUUAUAACUUUAUUCCAAACUGUGAAUUCAGCUAUUGUUCUACUGAAAUACAUACUUCAUCAGCACGUACUGUUAGCCACGUUUCACCAUGUUCACGCUAAUGCCACAUGUGUUGCCAAAUAUUCGACACGGAGGCAGGAGGGUCGUCCUGUUACAGUGCCUGAUGUCCAGGUGGACUGGACAGGAGACCCUCAAGCAAGAUGAUCCAGAAAUGUGGGAUUUGAUUUGUGAGGAGAAAGUAAGACAGAAGUCAGGACUGGAGCUUAUUGCAUCUGAGAAUUUCGCCAGCCGAGCAGUGCUGGAUGCUCUUGGUUCCUGUCUCAACAACAAAUAUUCUGAAGGGUACCCUGGACAGAGGUACUAUGGUGGUACAGAGGUAAUUGACAAGAUUGAGUUGCUAUGCCAGAAGCGGGCUCUUGAAGCAUUCAAGCUCAGCUCUUCUGAAUGGGGUGUGAAUGUUCAGCCAUACUCAGGUUCCCCAGCCAACUUUGCAGCAUAUUCUGCGCUUCUGAAACCACAUGAUCGCAUUAUGGGGCUGGACUUGCCACAUGGAGGACACCUCACCCAUGGCUUCAUGACUGACACAAAGCGAGUCUCUGCGACAUCAUUAUUCUUUGAGUCAAUGCCAUAUCGCCUUGAUGUCAACACUGGACUCAUUGACUAUGACGCACUUCAAAAGACUGCGGUACUGUUCCGCCCACAGCUGAUAAUUGCUGGGACGUCAGCAUAUUCCAGACUCCUGGACUACAAGCGGUUCAGAGAGGUAUAACGUGG